AUGUUUACUCGAUUCAUGGAAAGUAAAGAUUGUGGUGGCUGCGGGUACUUCAACCUUGAUUUCUCUCUUGGAAUGCCGGGACGGCGUGUCGAUCGUGUCAUUCGGAUUACUACCAGCUAUCUAGCGAAACCGUAGAGUAAAAGUUAAUUUUGUCUCGUUCCGAUCAUUCUAGCCUCGAAAUGGAAAAAUAAGCUUAGGUUAAACUGCAGGGAACGUUUACGGCUCCUUUUGGGGAGUAUUCCUUGCAGAAACCAUCGAGGGGCAAUUUCGUUUGGGCUUGAAUGUUUGCCAAGUCUUCUUUUCGAAAUUCCGCAAGUAGGUGAUUCACAGCGAGACGAAUACACUCUUUUCUGUCUUCCAAAACGUUUACUGAAUCAGAAGAAGGUCUCAAUAUGGUAAUGGCUCUUACGGCUAACGACUAAAAUUUUGGCAAUUUUACUGCUAACCAUUCUUUUCUUUCCUUUGCAAUUAAGAUAAAUGUUACAGUUCAUGCUUUAAGAAAAACAACUAAUCAACGCAGUUUCUGGACUUUAAAAGUUCAAAACCAUGACCUGUGUAAAGAAGGGUUUGUCGGAGUCAGCCUUAGAUUGGCCCAGGUCUUCGAUCAUGGAGGUGAAAUCAGCUUUACUGAUGCCGCUUUUUAGGCUAUUUUUGAGUUUCUUCUUUUUCACGUGUUUUAAAGUGUUUUAAAGUGUUCCUGUUAUAUGUUUAUGUAACAUUUGGUCAGGACUAUUUGUGGACCUUGUGUUAACGAUUUACUGUUGACUUCUUUAAGACAUUUAUUGUCUCUACAGAGAAAAUAAACUUAGGGUACCGCCCCUUAGGUUUUUUUGAAUUAGACCCGUUAAGUUUGUAUGAGGCAUUUCUCUGGACUCUUGUUUCUGGAAAAUGAGGGACAAAGUAGAGUUGUAUCUUGAAAAUGAUAAGAAAUGUAAUCAUCGGAAGUGGCGGUUUUUUCCAUUUCAUUCGAGGGGAGCUUUAUUAACUUUUUUAUAGCGAUUAUCGGAUGUCCUGGAAUGUUCAUCGAACACCUCAUGCCACCAAGAGGCGUCAAACUUUGGCUUGACUUACUUAUGCAAAUUAGCUGGCUGCACAUUCAAUGUGCAGCCAGCUAAUUUGCAUAAAAAAUUUUUCCGACGCAAAGCUCGUCUUUUAAUCAGCAAUUACUGGUUCGUGUAUUUAUUUAUAUCAGUUCCAUUUGCCAAUAUAUCUCCCUCCAUUGCAACCUAGACAAUGGAGAGAAAUCAGCUUAGCAUUUGAGCUGACAAUGAAUUCUCUAUAAACUGUGUUCAGCUUAGGCUAAACUGCAGGGAACGUUUACGGCUCCUUUUGUAGAGCAUUCCUAACACAAACCGUCGAGGAGCAAUUUCGUUUGGGCUUGAAUGUUUGCCUAGUCUUCUUUUCAUAAUUCCGCAAAUAGGUGAUUCUGUAGUGAAGAUCGACUUCACAGCGAGACCAAUACAUUCUUUUCAGUCUUUCGAAACGUUUACUGACUCAGAAGAAGGUCUCAAUAUGGUAAUGGCUCUUACGGCUAACGACUAAAAUUUUGGCAAUUUUACUGCUAACCAUUCUUUUCUAUCCGUUGCAAUUAAGAUAAAUGUUACAGUUCAUGCUUUAAGAAAAACAAUUUCGUAGUUAAUUUAAAAUAAUGCAUCAAUGUAGGUCGCUUUUAAGCAAGAGGCCCAAAUAUCUAUGUAUUUCGUUCCAGAUUACCCCAUGCUCGUCAGAUGAAAUAAUCAUGCAUCUCUUUUUUCUUCACAUUAGUAGUGCUAUUGCUAUGGGCAUCGUACAAUAUCUCCAAGUCGUGCUGUUUGUAUUCAAUUUGACCCUCUCCACUGAGGCACAGAAAAAAGUAACUUGUCAAAACUUCAAGUUUGCUAUCGAUGACGAUGUCAUCCAUAACCAAAUUCUUGAGGGUCACUUGUUUAAAAGAUUGACAGUCCCAAACGCCAUCCAGUGUCACUUGAAGUGCAAAGAUGACUGCCUGUGUGUAUCCAUGAAUUAUUUCCCUCUGUCCAAAGAAAACAAUUGUGAGCUCAACGAAGCUAACAAAGACAUGGAGCCAGCGGCGAUGAAAUAUAGGCAAGGGGGAAAUUAUUAUGAUUUGGUGAGAAGCUACACGGUGAAGGUGAGAUAAGAUUAUUUAUCUAAUGUUUUACUCAUUGAUUUAUGAACUUUCGUAAACAAAGUAAAUAUCCCAAGAUGUUCAAGUUCGUAAAUAAAAUAAAUAUUUCCACAUGAUCAAGUUUUGCGGUACUCCUUAAAAAAAAGGUCUGUUAUAUGUCAGUCUGGGCUAAAGACAAUUUUGUGCACAUCGUUUUGUCUGCGAUAUGAUUGGUCUAGACAAAACCAAAACAAACUGAUUUGGCUGAGAGAGGAUUGGGUUCAUUGUCUUUCUCGCAAACUUUUUUCUUAACGGCCAUGUUGUAAUGCAAAGGGAACGGCAGAACAGAAGCGACUACAAAUUUCAUAAAGACAUCACUGACUUAACCAUUGCUGUAUUACUGCAUUUCAAAUCUAAUUUUGAGGGACAUUUCAUCUCCAUUCUGGCACCCCGCUAUGUGUUGCACGCAUACGUACUUUGCUCGCACUGUUUGUUAUCAAUUCGAUCCGAUUCCGGUGAGAUUUGUCGAUGGUUGCUAAAAAGUACAUGCCAACCCAAUUCGAUUAGCAUGGUGAGCUAAAAAAUUAUUUUAAUCUUGCUGUAGGGUGGAGACAGAUACACACCAGAGAAGCAUCAUUGCAUCAACAGAUGCUGCGGUACCAAUCCUUGUCUCAAUGGAGGGGUAUGUCAGGAGAUUUGUGACACUCACAGCAUCAGGUUUAACUGUACCUGUCCUAACACAUACUCUGGUCAGCGGUGUGAGAAGAAGAUGAAACAUCCGAGAAGCUGCAAAGACAUAGCUAAGAACGGUGCCUCGACAUCAGGAAAAUACGACAUCUCAAAUUCAGACAAUGAACGGUUUUCUGUUUACUGUGACUUGCAGUCUGAACCUGGCUUUGUAUGGACGUUAAUACAAUCGUUUUCCUUUUCCAAGAAAAAUGCCUUCAAUUAUGCAGGGUUUGGCAAAAAUCUUGAGAUUGAUAUUGAAGAGAAGGAAGUAAAUUGGAACGAGUUCCGAUUAUCCUUAUUACAGAUGCAGUAUCUUGCUAAUCACUCCACGCAUCUGAGAGCAACUUGUAACUUUUCUACGGAUGGUCUGCAGUAUACGGACUACGCACGCGCUAAGCUGGCAGGUCAUGACAUUUUUGGUACCUGGGACACCUGCCAGAUGUACGAAUAUGUCAAUAUCCGAGGAAUCUAUUGUUCUAAUUGCACCGCCCGCACAAAACAAAAGGAAAAUAAGUCCUGGCACAUAAUGAGUUACGAUAGCGUACAAUUCGGAUGUGAAUUUGAUGGAAAACAAGGUGGAGUCUCCGGUGAAAAAAAUUUCGGAAAAUUUGACGAAAAUUUCAUAAAUCCGGAUCACCGCUGCUCGUUUUCUCCUGCUUCUACAACGGAGCAUUGGUUUGGAGCUAAAUGUGACGAGUAA